AUGUCCGAGGAGCCGGCCGCGCGCCCCGAGGAGCGGCCGCGGGCCCCCCGCGAGGUGUGGAAGAAGGGCGGCCGCCUGCUGUCCGUGCUGCUGGCGGUGAACGUGCUGCUGCUCGCCUGCACGCUGGUCAGCGGCGGCGCCUUCAACAAGGUGGCUGUGUACGACACCGACGUGUUCGCGCUGCUCACCACCAUGAUGCUGCUGGCCGCGCUCUGGACCGCCUUCUACCUGCUCCGCACCGCGCGCCGCCCCGGCGCCGUGCCCCACCGCGACGCGCACGCCGGCCCCAUCUGGCUGCGAGGCGGGCUGGUGCUGUUUGGGGUCUGCACCCUGGUCAUGGACGUCUUCAAGACGGGCUACUACUCCAGUUUCUUCGAGUGCCAGUCGGCCAUCAAGAUUCUGUACCCUCUCACCCAGGCUGUGUUUGUCAUCGUCCAGACUUACUUCCUCUGGGUCUCGGCGAAGGACUGUGUUCACGUCCACCUGGACCUGACCCGGUGUGGACUCAUGUUCACCCUCAGCACCAACCUGGCCAUCUGGAUGGCGGCCGUGGUGGAUGAGUCCGUGCACCAGGCCGGCUCCCACAGCAACACCAGCCACGCCCGCCUGGCUCCUGACCCGGAGCGCGCGGGCAGCCAGGCCGGAGGAGACUGCGCCUGUGCCACGACCGUGUGCCGGAUCUUCGAGCAGGGCUACUUCUACCUGUACCCCUUCAACAUCGAGUACAGCCUCUUCGCCUCCACCAUGCUCUACGUCAUGUGGAAGAACGUGGGCAGGCUGCUGGGCUCAGGCCACGGCCACGGCCACGGCCACGGCCACGCCGCAUCCCGGCUCAGCCUCUUCCGGGAGACGUUCUUCGUGGGCCCGGUGCUGGGCCUGACGCUCCUCCUGGUGGGGCUGGCCGUCUUCGUGGUCUAUGAGGUCCAGGUGAGCGGGGACGGGGGCCACACCCAGCAGGCCCUGGUCACCUACUACGGCUUCAACAUCGCCUGCCUGGGGCUCAUGACCCUGGUCAGCCUGAGCGGCUCCGUCAUCUACCGCUUUGACCGCCGGGCCAUGGACCACCACAAGAACCCCACGCGCACCCUGGACGUGGCGCUGCUGAUGGGCGCCGCCCUGGGCCAGUACGCCAUCUCCUACUACUCCAUCGUGGCCGUGGUGGUGGGCGUGCCCCGGGACACCCUGGGGGCGCUCAGCCUGGCCCACUCCCUGCUGGUGAUCGCCCAGCACACCUUCCAGAACGUGUUCAUCAUCGAGAGCCUCCACCGGGGCCCGCCGGGGGCCGAGCCCCCCGACGCCCCGCCCAAAGAGCCCUGCCUGACCUUCGCCAACCCGGACGCCCUCCACGCACUGCCAGCCUGCCCGCCCACCCCCGGCCCAGUGGGCCCCAGCCUGGAGGGCCCUCAGGAAGCCACGGCCACCAUCCCAGCCCCCAGGGCCCACUGGAGACGCCGGUGCCUGAAGGACAUUUCCCUGUUUCUUCUGCUCGGCAACGUCAUCCUGUGGAUUAUGCCGGCCUUCGGGGCCCGCCCCCACUUCAGCAACAAGGUGGAGGUGGACUUCUACGGCUACUCCCUCUGGGCCGCCAUCGUCAACAUCUGCCUGCCCUUCGGCAUCUUCUACCGCAUGCACGCGGUCUCCAGCCUGCUGGAGGUGUACGUGCUGGCCUGA